AUGUCUCACCACCACAUUCAAAAUCUUCUUAGCAGAUUUUUAUCUGUCCCAAGGAAUUUCAGGCAUGUGCAAGAUCAACGAGGAAACCACUUUGGAUUCUCCCCAUUCGAUAGCGAUCAGCUAAGACAAGCCCAAAUUUUGAGUGACAAUUAUUUUCGUAUCUCCAGAGAGAAUGUUUCCGACGAUCCAGUAGCAAAAGUAAUGGCUCAAGCGCAACAAGACGCUGAGCAAUAUGAUCCGGAAUUAGUUCGUUACGCUCUUAUGGUUUGGACUGUCCAUGAUCCUGAGGCUCGCAAAAGAAACCUUAAAAUUCCACCAUUAGGUCAACGUGCUCCUCAUAUUGCUGUCCCUAAACUAGUAAAUGCCGCUGUUGGUGCUCCAACAUUGUCAACAACAGAUCCUCCAUUGACCAAUUUAGAUUGGUGGAGAGAAGAUCCUCAAUUAAACGAACAUCAUGAACAUUGGCAUAUCGUAUUCCCUGCUUUUCCCGUUAAUGGUGUUAGCAAGGAUCGUGAAGGUGAAAACUUUGCAUUUAUGCACAGACAGAUGUUGGCUAGAUAUGAUGCUGAACGAAUUGCAGUCGGUCUUCAGCCAGUUAAAGCAUUAUCCGACUUUUCUGAGCGUAUCCCUGAAGCAUAUAAUCCCGACUCUGAUUUGGUAUAUGAUCCAAAUAACGCUCAAAAUGUUACUAACGUACAUUUUAUACCUCGUUCCGCUGGAAAACAACUUACAGAUUUGGCUGGUAAUGGACCAAAGAUUUCCACUCUGGUGAAUUAUAGACAACAGUUAUAUGAUGGCAUUGAAGGGAAAGGACAAGUAACUUUCGGUCAAGAUGACAAAUCAGCAAAUAGACUCGGAAACAUUCUUGAGACAACAUUACAUAAUGCCGGACACGUUAUGUUAGCAUAUAUAAUGACUCCACAAGGAACGAAUAGUCAAAAUACUCCACCUGGUGUCAUGAUUGACACACGAACCGCAUCUCGUGAUCCUGUAUUUUGGAGAUGGCAUCGUCACGUUGACGAAGUUUACUCUAGAUGGCAAAAUAAACAAGCACCCUACGAUUUCUCUGAUGCACCACCAGUUGUUAUCAAAAGUAAUGAUAUUAUUUUGGCUUGGAAAGACAAAUUGCUUGAUGCAGAUAAAAAUGGAAAUGCUGAUGGUUGGUUCAGUUAUGCUCAAAAAGCUUUUGGAGGUGCUAAUUUUGAUGCAGAUGUUUCGAGUAACUCCGUUGUCACCAAUGAACUCCAAACUGAGAUGAAAACCAGGAACUUCGUUUGGUUAGAAGAUGAUAAUAACACUCAAGUUGUUAACUAUUUAUAUCCACGUGAAUAUUUCUAUUUCUUCCGAGUUCAGAACACGACAAAUAAGAACCUUGAUAUUACCUUACGUGUUUUCCUUGCACCUGAAGAAUUUAUCAACUCUCGAGUUCACUGGAUUGAACUUGACAAAAUUAAACAAACAUUAAAACCAAACGAGAAGGCAGUAUUUUCUCAGAAUUGUGAUGAAUCAGUAGUAAUUCGAAAACCUGCUCAAAAAACUCCAGAACAAAUGGACACAACUGCUAUAACGAUCGAAAAACGAUUUGAGGCAGAAAGUUUGGGCAGAGAACAAAAAUCCGAAGUAUACUUCUGCGAUUGUGGAUGGCCAUUCAACCUUUUGCUGCCACGAGGUACCAAACAAGGCUUGAAAUGUAAACUAUUCGUUAUGAUUACGGAUGGUGUUAAAGAUAUAGUUAAACCGAAACGUUCAAAUGCUGCACCUAAGAAAUGUGGAAGUUUAAGUUUCUGCGGAGCUCAACAAUGGGAUGAACUGUAUCCUGAUGCUCGUAGAAUGGGUUAUCCAUUUGAUAAACCAUUCAAAAACGACUCUUUUGAGCAAACUUUUGCCGGUUUGAAGAAUGUUGCAGUACGUGAUGUUACUAUUAAAUGGGUCGACAAUUUCCCUGAAGUCUAA